ACAGCUGAAAUAUUUUGCAAUACUGCAGCACUGGGGCAAAGUUAUUUUCAUCAAACUUUACAAUUUCUCUGAAAGUAACCGGAAACAAGAGAGAGAGAAAGACACAGAAACAGGAAUUAGCUGGACAUUUUCAUUUUGCGCAAAAAAGGAACUUGUUAUCAGAAGGAAAAGAAAGUCUACGCAGAUCCUACAAUGAAGCUCACUCUUUGGCUACUGCUGUGUUCAUUUUUGUUUUGGAUCAACAUUGCAAGAGCAGACAAUGUUUGUCCCAGACCUGAACUUGGGGACAACAUCAAGGCGGAGGGGUUACAGCGAUUCUACAACCCCGGUGAGCAGCUGGUGCUUUCCUGUGUACUGGGAUAUAAGCCCUCCUACGGCCUUCGCUACAUCGUCUGCAUGAACACCGGAAUAUGGUCAGCAACUAGAUUUAGGUGUGAACCUGUGCAGUGCCCACACCCUGAUCCUCCAGUGAAUGGACAAUUGCACUAUGAAGACACACUAUACGAGAACACCGUCAACUACACUUGUAACGAUGGGUUCAACUUGGUAGGUGCCAGAAGUGCUUCAUGCCUUAUUGACGGGAGAUGGAGCGCAGAACAACCACUAUGUGAACCGGUUUCCUGUGAUCCUGCUCCAAUCCCAAAGUUUGGCCUAAUCGUUUAUGAUAAGAUUAUCAAAAGACACCAAAACAUCCAGUUUGGCACCACUGGAACCUACAAGUGUCUGCCUCCAUUUGCACUGUUUGGGAAAGAGAAAGCAGAGUGCACCGCCAGUGGCCAGUGGACCGAGACACCCCAAUGUCGAGAGGUGAACUGCCCUCCACCAGAGAACAUUGAGCAUGGCUACAUGUCAAUCAGCCAAAAGAGAGACUUUGAUUACACUGAGAUGAUCAAAUAUGGAUGUGAUGGUGACUAUGUACUCGAUGGACCGCAGGAUAUUGUCUGUGAGAAGACCGGGGAAUGGUCUGAAAAGCCAUCAUGCAAAGCUCCGUGCAGCGUUGAGAUUAGAAGAGGAAGAAUCAUGUACAAAGAGAACAAAAUUUGGAUUGAAAAUUUCGAACCCAAGCAAAUUUUACAUGGAGAAAUUUUGUCCGUUUACUGCCUGGAUGAAGACAAAAAGUGUGGAUAUGCAACUCCAGCUCAAUGUGAUGAUGGAAACCUUCAGCUUCCUACCUGCUUUCAGGAGCCCAAUGUAUUGACGUAUCUUGUAAAAUCAAGUCUUCCAUCAGAAAUUCAACAGUGUUAAAGUCAUGUGAGCUGGCCGGAGAAUAUCAUCUGCCCUUUUUGUUCAUUUUUGUCCAUUUCAGAAAAAUGUGCUUAUUCUUCAUUUCUGUGAAUUACUACUUCUCUUUUUUCUUUAAACUUAUUGUUUACUGCAAGAUUUACAUAAUUAAAUGGACAUGCAUAUUG